AAAAUUGAGGGAACCCUGUAAAAGAAAGAAAAUCAGCUGAUUGAACACUUGAGUCAGCUGUUCAACAGAAAGUGUACAGUGCUACGGCUUUCCUGCAGUACCAGUCCAUCAAGCCCACCAUGUUAGCUUCUAGGAACACUCUUAGGGGCCUUAGGGCCAUCUCAACGCCCCUUAACAGAUCUCUUCAUAAGGGUCCGGUCGUCUGCAGUAAAUUGUUGGAGCAAGCUAGCUCCACAAACCUCAACAAGUCUGAGUGCAGGGUACUGGUGGUGCCUAGGUCUGGUCUCCAUGUAUCCAGGGUGCUGGGGAAUGAGAUCAAGGAUGUCGUCUGUCCGCCCUUUGCUGACAGUAUCAGUGAAGGAGAUGUCAGGUGGGAGAAAGCUGUUGGGGACAGUAUAUCUGUUGAUGAAGUGAUCUGUAAUAUCGAAACUGAUAAAACCAGUGUCCCGGUUCCAUCAUCUGUAUCUGGAGUUAUAGCAGAGUUGUUGGUUGAGGAUGGAUCAACUGUAUCUCCGGGAACAGUCCUCCUUAAGAUCAAGGUUGGAGCUGCAGGAGCUGCUCCUCCCAAGAAGGAAGCUGCAGCCCCUGCACCUGCAGCCCCUGCACCAGCAGCUGCUGCACCUCCUCCUCCUUCCCCUGCCCCUGCAGCAGCAGCUCCUAUCCCCAGCACUCCUCCACCCCCUCCCCCAGUCCCAGCUGCUCCUAUUAGCUCUCGUCCUCCUCCUGCUCCUAUGCCUGCUAGACCUAGUGCUGGAGCUGCUCCUAUGGUGAAGAUGCCUCCUGCAGAUCCUACCAAGGAGAUUGUUGGAACUAGAUCUGAACACAGGGUCAAGAUGAACCGUAUGAGACUCAAGAUUGCUGCACGUCUCAAGGAAGCACAGAAUACAAACGCUAUGCUCACCACCUUUAACGAACUGGAUAUGUCCGGUAUUAUGCAGUUGCGGAAGGAUAAUCAAGAUGCGUUCGUUAAAAGACACGGAAUCAAGAUGGGAUUCAUGUCAGCUUUCGUCAAGGCUAGUGCCUACGCCCUGCAGCAGCAACCAACUGUCAAUGCUGUUAUUGACGGUCAGGAUAUAAUUUACAGGGACUAUGUUGAUAUUUCUGUAGCUGUAGCAACUCCCAAGGGUCUAGUGGUUCCUGUUCUGAGAAACGUUCAGGAGAUGAAUUAUGCAGAUAUUGAGAAGGGUAUUGCGGAGCUAGGUGCUAAAGCAAAGAAGAACGCAAUCACUGUUGAGGAUAUGGAUGGAGGUUCAUUUACCAUCAGUAAUGGUGGAGUGUUUGGCUCACUGUUUGGAACUCCUAUUAUCAACCCUCCCCAGUCUGCUAUCCUUGGUAUGCAUGGAGUAUUCGAGAGACCAGUUGUUAGAAACGGACAGGUGACUAUCCGUCCUAUGAUGUAUAUUGCUCUCACCUACGAUCAUAGACUAGUAGAUGGACGUGAAGCUGUCACUUUCCUGAGAACUAUCAAGACUGCAGUAGAGGAUCCUAGAUCUAUGCUGAUGGGACUAUAAGCUAAACAUCAAGCUAUUCUACAACCCGCCCAGCAACAGCUAAACAUAAAUCAGGCGCAAUGUAGACCCAAGAAUAUUAGAAUUUGAUCCAUCCAACUUUCACUCUUCACUCUCCUUCAUGUCUCUGAUACCAUCAACCUUACCUUCGAUACCCUCAACCUUACCUUUGAUUCCAUUAACCUUACCUCCUAUCUCCUCCAUCCUUCCUCAACGGACUGGGCUCUAUAUUUGACUCACUUGGAUUCACAAUAUUUAAUUUAGACUUGUGUAAAUUAUUUCUAAUAAGCACCACAAUAUAUCCACGCAAUUUGGACACCUCUCAAAGUAAAAUUGUUAAGUUUAUGAUUUCUAAGUACUUAAUUUGACCCCAACACAGCUCCCUUGAACCAGUAUUUGUUAAAUCUAGUCUGUUAAGCCUAGAUUAAUCUACUUCGUGGCUUGAUGUGCUUCAUAAUUCUUUUGUCACCCAAAAAUCAAUUAAAACCAAAAAUAUUAAUCGUGGAAUAAAAGUUAUUUAAAUAAACAUGUGUAUUCAAUAAUAUCUAUAAUCUA